AUCACAUGCUCCCUCCCCUUUGCGAGACUCUGACCCGAUGAAGAGCUUGGCCCUCUCUAUGGGAGAAAGAUCAUUUUCACAAUCUGCACAGUUGUUUAUUUCACACCGGGAACCUUUAUUCAUGCCAGACUUUCAAUAAUUUCAUGUUUGGGGCGGUGAGUUUUUUAGGGGCGCCAAAAAAUAGCCCUAAAAUGCCAAAGAAUUCACGCUGUGAAACACCGAAAACGGAAUUAAUGGCUCUCCUGUAAAGUCAUAUUUGUUUGAUUGUUUUUUUUUUAAAGAAGCGAACUGAAGAAAUUGGGAUAAAAUAUCCAGAGGUUAUAAACAGAAGUCGGAACGGAGCCCGUAUAUCCGUGGUAUUUUAUAAGCUCGUGUCCUUAAGCCAUGGGGGCAUUUUUGGACAAGCCAAAAACAGAGAAGCACAAUGCCCACGGUGCAGGUAAUGGUCUGCGCUUUGGUCUGAGCAGCAUGCAGGGCUGGCGGGUGGAGAUGGAAGACGCUCACACAGCAGUAGUGGGCCUCCCCCAUGGCCUGGAUGACUGGUCCUUCUUUGCCGUUUAUGACGGGCAUGCUGGUUCACGUGUGGCCAACUACUGCUCAAAACACCUACUAGAGCACAUUAUCAGCAGCACCGAGGACUUCAGGCCUGGUCGUGACUCAGUAGAGGGCGUAAAGACCGGAAUUCGCUCUGGCUUUCUGAAGAUUGAUGAGUAUAUGCGCAACUUUUCUGAGCUGCGUAACGGUAUGGACCGUAGUGGGUCGACGGCAGUGGGUGUGCUGCUCUCGCCCGAGCACCUCUAUUUCAUCAACUGUGGCGAUUCUCGUGCUGUGUUGUGCCGUGCUGCUCAGGUGCGUUUCUCUACUCAGGAUCACAAGCCCUGCAACCCCCGUGAGAAAGAGCGCAUCCAGAACGCUGGUGGCUCCGUUAUGAUCCAGCGCGUCAACGGCUCUCUAGCAGUGUCACGUGCCCUUGGUGACUACGACUACAAGUGUGUGGACGGAAAGGGACCCACCGAGCAACUGGUGUCACCUGAGCCGGAGGUGUUCGAGAUUCCUCGUGUUCCAGAUGAGGAUGAGUUUGUGGUGCUGGCUUGUGACGGCAUCUGGGAUGUCAUGAGCAAUGAGGAGCUGUGUCAGUUUGUGCGCUCCCGUCUGGAAGUGUGUGAAGACCUAGAGAAAGUCUGCAACUCUGUGGUGGACACAUGUCUACACAAAGGCAGUCGUGACAACAUGAGUGUUGUGCUAGUGUGUUUGCCCAAUGCACCCAAGGUAUCGGAGGAGGCAGUGAGAAGAGAGGCAGAGCUGGACAAGUUUCUGGAGUCCCGUGUUGAGGAGAUCAUGGAGAAGUCAGGAGAGGAAGGCCUCCCAGACCUGGCUUGUAUCAUGCGCAGCCUCUCAGCUGAGAACAUCCCAAACUUGCCACCAGGAGGUGGUCUUGCGAGCAAACGCAGUGUAAUUGAGGCCGUGUACAACAGGCUUAACCCACAUAGAGAAGAUGAUGGGAGUGGAGGUGACCUGGAUGACCCAUGGUAGCCAGAGACACCCACGACUGCAGUCUUCACACGAGAAUGUCCUCAGUUCACACAAAAAGAAAAUCUUUGCUCACAUGUUUUGGUUUUGAUUCCAAGAGAUUCAUAGGAAAUAUUCAAAGCCUGGAACGGAAACACAAAUGCAUCAAAACACUUCUUUCGACAACGAGGAAUCUACAGUAAUGGCAAGGUUUUUCUUUUUUCUUUUUUUUUUUUUUUUCUUUUUUUUUUUUAAAUAAAGAACUGCACCAUGGUAUGGUAUAGAGGAGUAAUUUCACUUUUUGUUCCAUGAUAUUUUUUUUCCCCCCGUCCCACUGUAAGUUAAGAGUGAUGAGGAGACUGAGGAUUUGUGGCUUCUUGAACUGUAGGAGAGACUCUGGACUUGUUGGCUGGUGGACAGACUGCAGCACCAGUGAAAGCUCUGAGAGGGAGAGGCGAGGCGUUCGGACCUCUGUCAAUGAUGCAGGGUGCUCUAGCAUGAUGAGCUUCCCCUGCACUCCACCUGUCUCUGUCUCAUACAUGGCUUUCUUCCUUAUUCUACGCAUGCACAGCUUUCCAGAGAUGUGACCGAUAGGCAUUACUUAUUUCCGAGUGUUCACCUUGUUCAGCCACCAAAUGCCACCAACUCUACUUAAAACCUGCAUUUAUACUCUUCUCUGAUUUUUCUCAUUCGUCAUCCUGCUGCUUUGGAUAUCCUUAUAUAUCUUUUUGUGUUUUGUUAGCAGUUAUAUUUUGUCAGAUGCUAGUUUUGGUGCUUGCAGUAAAACAAAGAGUAGUAGCACUCAUUAGAACAAGUUUUAAUUAGGAUCUGUGCACUCAGCAACUCGAGGGAAAAUGAACUACUGUAGGGAGUGUAAAUAUGGUGAGCUUUUGGUUGGCCUUGUGCGCUGACCUUCCACUUCCUGUGGCACUCACUACGAAACUGAGCUUAACAAUCCAGUUCUAAAGGACCCUCAGCCGAAUCCAUAAUUUUUAGCAUAUUCUGCAGCCUUUGAUUUAAAUUUGUUUUAAUAAGUGAAAUCUAUUUUUGUGCAGUAGAUGAUUUAGUACAAUUGGGGAUCCAGAAGAACUGGCUUCAGAACCUCUCUUUUAAAGCCUCCAGAUCUUUUAUUUUUUCUUGUCCUCUUAUUCCUCUACUUGUGGUCCUGACUUGUGACUUGCCUUCUGUUUUUUUUUUUUUCCUCCUAAAAACAAUGUAUUAUGUAGAACCAUUUAACACAAAACAUUUUAACUUAAUUUUUGAAACAAUUCUGCAUUUAAAAGCUUUUUAUUAAAGCUUUUUCAUUAUGAUCUAUGGUAUAAUUGGUAUUUUUUUGCAGUUAGAGUUGGUUGCCGGGGAAUACCAUGAUUUUGAAUAAAGUAAUUAAGACUGUUGAGGUUGGUAAUGUAUUUCUAAAGGAAAACUGCUGAACUGCAUGCAUGCUUAUAAUCGUGUGAUGUUUGCCAAGACAACAGCGAGCAAACACUACUCCAGUAGCACUGCAGUAGGUACUGGAAUUAUUCACGGGUGAAUGUUUUCCUCGCUCCUUGCCCCUUUUUUCUUGCACCCCUAGUUGUGUCUGGCAGUGGGUUGACGGUUAUUUAAAUUAACAGUAUUUUUAGUUUUCCAUCUUAAUCUAUGUCUGUAAGAAUGACUGGGUUUUUGGCAUUAAGGGGAUUGCUUGCAGGACACUUGGCUAUAGAUAGAUGUACCCCUUUGUUUACACAUUGACACAAAUUGCAUGUUUAGUGUUGAACAACUUCUGUGUUGCUCAUGCCUUUCAUGCACAAAUGUCAAGGUAGCUUUUAUAUUUAUGUGGAAAACAAAUUAAAGGAAAAAUAAAUGCGUCUCUUGUACUGUGGAGGGCAUUUUCUGGGUGAUCCUGGGUGGAGUGCUUAAUUCAGGAAAGACUUCAGAAAAUGCUCCCAUCCACAGGGAAUGAGGAUGACUCACUUUCUGAGUAUGAAUUAUGUUAAUAUUUCGUGCUCUGACCUUCAGAGUGUCUCAACCCAGAGAUCUCGGCCCAGUUGCACAUAUAUGGGUGACUAGAAUCAUGUGAUAUGUCAUUCUGCUCCCCUAUCAAAACACUCAUUGAGGUAAUAUAUUUUAUAUGAAUGGCGUUCAUCUCUCCAGGACAACUUUAGAGAUUCUGAGAAUUUGUGCUGAAGCCUGUUGAAGUUGUUCUGGUAGAUUGUAGUGGCUUAAACUCCCUAAAACACAUUUUUAAGUGUUAAUAUUUCUUUAAUUUGUCUGUUUGAUAAUCCGGCUAAUCUUUCUUAAUACACACUUGUCAUAUAUGAUAAUAUGAGAGAAAUCUUUGUCCACACUAGAGAAAUUAUGACUUUCAUUCGAGGCCUUCCUCUAAAAAAAAAAAAAAAUAAUAAAUUUCUCCUUCCUACUGAUUUUUCACUGACCUCACCUGAUCUGGUGUGCAGCUUUAAAAUGUGUUGUUCAAUUUAAGAUUGUGUGUGUGUGUGUAUGUAUGUAUGUGUAUAUAUACAUGUAUGUAUAUAUACACAUAUAUAUAUGUAUGUAUAUUUGCAGUUUUAUUUCCCUCUGGUACAAAAAUAAAUUGUAGCCAUAUGCUGGAAAGCUUAAUUUUAUGAUGGUUAGAAGUAGGAAAUUAAUUUACUAAUUGAAUUGAAAUGGCAAACAAUGAUAUAUUUUCUGCUGUGGGUGCUCAUGGAUAUGCACACAACUUUUUUUUGUAUAUCUACAAUGAUUGAUGAAUAGAUUGAUUAACUGUUGCGACAGAUUUUAUUUAUUUAGAAUAUAUAGCUUUAAGAGAUGUGCUUUGCGAGAAAGAGGUUUGAGAGGAGCUAGAAGGGGGAAAUUGUGAUGCAGGGCUGUCUCGCUUUCUCAGUCUUUUAAACUCUUGCACUAUUUCUCGCUCCCACAUUCUCUCUUCCUCUCUCGCUCUAGAGCUCUGAUGUUCUCUAUCCACCUGCUAACAUCCAUGUAAUUAUAGUCCCCAGUACAAUGUUGUGUUUCAUUAGGAUACAGUGAACAUGAUCUGUUAUCAAUAAAGGAUUGUUAAAGGUU